AUGGAGCCAUCAGCCUUUGCUUCGCUUGCCCACGUUCGAGUACUGCUGUUGCCUGUAGGAGACAUUCGGAGAGAUACUUUUGAAAAGUGGGUUGCGGAGAUUAAGAGCUUCCAGAGCAUACGUCUUGGAGAUAUCCCCUCUGAUCCUCGGGAUGAUAGAGCUCGCUUUAUGCCCAGUCCUCUAGCAACCGGCUAUCUUCACUUGAGCUACCCAUCGCACCCGCCUCCCUCGUCGCAUCAUUCACUAGCCCUCUUUCGUCCCUCUGCCUUUCCGCUUGGUGUCAUCGGAAUUGCGACAUGCUCUCAGUCAGAUUCCAUGUCUUCGAUAUUGGCUCACUUCAAUUCGUCAUUGAGCCAAAUUUUCCCUCAUGGAUCCAUGUUCCCAGUCGCCAGUAAUUGUUUCGUUUUUGAGGAGAGCGAUGGUAAUACCACUCUUGAUGUCAAGGACCAUUUUCCCGGUUUAGUCAUCAUUCCUGGCAUGAUGGGGAACAAGACCCUCUAUAUCGGCACACUUGUUGCUGACUUGUGCUCUCAAAUAUUGGGAGAAUUCGCUAUUCUGAUGCAAUCGCUUGAAAGCCCGCUUGGGAAUGAAUAUUUGAACGCUGCAUUGUUCCCUGUUCUUCCGCCUCCAUCUGAAAUGCCACGGUCAUUGGAGGCUGAAUUUCAUGCUCAUGCUUCCUUACCUCCGCUUCCCUCCCAAAGCAGCCAGCCUGAGCUCGCUUCACCUAAUGGACCUUUACGGGCCAAAACGCCUUUGGCGGUCAAACGCACAUCAACUGCUCCUGGAUUUUCUGGACAUCGUCACGCUAGCCUACCCGUUCCAGCAGCCAAAAGGCGACCAACUGCAAUUGGCGCAGUAUCUUCUCAUGGGAGACUUUUCAAAGUCCUAGGCGACCUGUUCCUACUUUCAGGUAGAUUGGAGGACUCGUCUGUGUGGUAUGGAGAAGCGAUCGCAUUGUUCAAGGGUGCCCAGGAUACCGCUUGGCACGCAUCUGCUUUGGAAGGUCUAGCCACCAUUCCGGUGAUUGAAGCCUGGGCAUCAAACCGAGCAGUAACGGAUACCGUCGAAGGGAAGGAACCAUGGUCUGAGAUCUCGGAAAAGCUCGCUCAAGCAACUGCAUUGUAUUUCAAGUCAACGCCACAAACUGACCCUGAGACGAGCCAUUCCCUCCUUUCUUACUUAUACAGCCAGUCGGUCUUUCGUCAAUCCUGUCUCCUCUUUUCUGUGUGGUCUGCAAAAGGGUGGGGUUCUCUCGCUUUUGCGACUAUGCUGCAGCCCAGUUCAAGUCCCAAUGCUCAGAAUAUCGAUUCAAGCACGGCGACGAAAGCACGCACCAGUUCAUCUUUCGCUGAAGUCGAACGACGGUCAUCUAUAACUGGGAUAUCUCGCGCACAGAUAGCAGGGACUCUUUCGCAGGUCCAUGGGCCCUGGCUACUCCAUCUCGGACCGCGUGACCGCAUUAAGGUGUUGCAAACACUCGCAGGUUUGUACGGUGCCCUUGGCUACCACCGUAAGGAAGCAUACAUCUUGCGGGAAGUCCUUGGUUCCAUCAUGGACCUUGUCGUCUGUGGGCGAGAAGAAGGAGGUGGGGCUAACACAAGUCGGACUGGCUUGGGGUUGGGGAUCGGAGUUGGGAAGGUGACCACCAUCCAAGGAACGGUCGGCGUGAAGCUGAACGAAAGCGCUGUUGGCAAUGAAAGUGUGCUCAAAAUAGUCAGGCAUAUAUGCAGGGUGCAUGGAAUUGAUCUCGAAGCGGUCAAGUUGGUCAAUCCCGCUAAUCGUCUGCAAGCCAGAUUCGGUGAAGAUUCUGAUGAUGUGGACGCCGAUGUAGUGGGGCCAGCAGACGAUGCGGUUGAUGCUAUCGAGGAGCCCUUUGGUUGGCCCGAACUUCAGAUUGGCAUUGUUCGAGAAGCGAUAGCGGUUGCGGAAGCUCUCCCUGACUAUCCUUCCGUAGCCCAGUUCUCGUUGUCUUCGCUGAAGACUCUACAUCCGGUCAUGAGUCAUAACGAUCAGCAUCAUCUAUACAGGACUGCUGCGCGAGCUCUGGCCACAGCGAAACGGAGAGGAGACGAGAGAACAGUAGAAUACUGGUCUGGACAGCCCAUCGUCAGCAUAGAGGUCCUCCCCUUGCCAUUCGUCAGAUUGCCUAUGGAGACGCCGGUCUCUGCGCUUGCUCAAGCACCGUCGGAUGCAAAUCCAAUACUCGUUGGGCUUACGGACCCCUUCUUAUACAAUCCUCGCAAAUUGACUUCAGGACAGAGCCGAUUAACACUGGUUCAGAACGAGAUAUUUGAACUCAUGCUCACCCUACGAAAUCCGUAUGUAUUCGACCUUGAGCUACAGACCUUAGCCCUCAGUACGUCCGGUGUACCCUUCGAGUCGAACACAAUCCCCAUAGUUGUCCCUGCGAACACGUACCAUCCUGUGAGAAUGUCUGGGAAGGCCCUUGCAGCUGGCACUUUAGUCAUUCGUGGUUGCAUAGUACAAGCUCCGGGAGGUAUCUCGCGUGAGUUUGUUUUGCCAUUGUCCACUGAGGAAGAAGAGGACAGACGACUACGAAGACGUAGUGCCAUUGAAUGCGAGUCCGGGAGGUCAAAACACUCUGGUUUGAGAUCGAGGCCUUGGGCAAAGGGGGUCGGGUCGAUAAACAAACAAAUUCGAUCAGACAAGCCUUCAAUGCGUUUCCUUGAGUGCAAGAUUGUCCCAGAACAACCUCUACUGCGGAUCAGGAGGACAUCCCUCACUCACGGUGCUGUAAUGUUGUACAAUGGAGAAACGUCGACAAUUCGUAUCACGCUGGAGAACGUGUCAAUGUUACCGAUCGAUUUUAUCCGGCUAACCUUUGACGAUUCCACGAUUGCGCCUGCUCAGCAAGCGCUAGCAGAUGGAGAGCUGUCUGUUUUCGAGACAUACGAGACCGAAUACGACUUGAUACACCGACCUGCACUUACUUGUGAUAGUAGCCAUCAGUCACAGGUAGUAGCUCCUGGAGAAAAGGCUAUUGUUACUGUGGAUUGCUUUGGAAAAGUGGGAUGCACGAGUGGUGCCGUCCACGUCUCAUAUGCAUAUGUCCGUAGACAACAGCCAACGUUGCGGAAGCCUACAGGCGUGUUUCAUACUCGCCAACUGACGUAUCCAGUGCUGGUCACAGUAUACCACAUGCUCGAGUGUCAUGCCAUGGAUAUCCUACCGUACUCCCGUGCCGCUGCAUCAGCACCACCAGAGUUCGAUGAUCUGGACGAGCCUAUCGUCGCCAAGGCUAGGAAGGGCCUGCUCAACGUUGAGGACGUGUCAGAUUGGUGUCUGUUCUCAGUUGAGGUCCGAAAUACUUACGGACUACCGUUCGAAGUCACGUUCGAGCGGACUCAGCCAGAUGUAGAGCAUGCAUCAACAUCCUGUCUGGUACCUCCAGGGUCCACUUCACGCUUGCUGAUACCCAUCAAGAAAUUCUUCUUACCGGCGGAGCAUAUUUCUAGAGCAAUUCCGACCCUUUCAGAUCGACAAUUCGUGGUGACAAAGUCAGCUUUGACGUCUGUGGAGGAAAAGGCACAAAGGGAACUCUUCUGGUACCGAGAAGAACUGUUCAAGUUUGUCCAUGGACGGUGGAGAGAGAACGGAGGCACUCGCUGUGGAGAACUCUCGUUACGGCAACAACGCAUGGCUCUGCCGAUGCUCGAAAACUUGCGGACGGAGACAGCUAAAGUGAAAAUGUUAUUAUUCUCUCGCAGUAGGACAGAAGAGGACCCGACGGUAGUCUUCGCAGACCGAUUCGGAGGUCACCCACAAGUUCCACCAUUCACGAUCCUCUACUUGCGAACCAGAGUAAUUAACUUAUCAGCCUCGGAACUCAUUCUCACGUUGAAUCUGUCUCUGGAACCCGCUGGACAUAUCAUCUAUCAAGGAGUCACCGGUAACAUUCCCCUGGGUAAGCUAGAAAGUGGUGCAUCUUGUGAUGUGGAAACCCCCAUCGCAUUUGUCUCAUGUGGGAAGUUCGAACUUCUCGCGGACGUUCAUGCACUUGACUACCCCGGAGAUUCAGACCAUGUUGGCCAAGGACGAUUGACAGCGUCGGUGGUAUUGGAUAAUUCGUAG